AUGACACGUGGAAACCAGAGAGAACUUGCCAGGGAGAAGAAUGCCAAGAAACAAGCUGCUGUGAAGGCCAAGGGUGCAGGAGAUCAGUCGGGGAGCAAAGGAGCGUCACUGGAGCAGCGUAAACACAGAGAUGCAGAAAUCAUGAGAGAGAAACAGAAGAAAGCGGCAGACGCCAAAAAAUGACCAAGAAGAAUGAAAAUCCCCAUGACAGUGCUGAACAACCACUAUGCAAAUGCUGCUGUGCAUAUGACUCCUGCUUUCCAAUAUGUGUUGUAUGUAUGUAUUUGUGUGCAAGAAAAUGAUGCUGUUUUUGUAAUUGUCCCUUCUUAUAAUACCCCCUGCAAUUCAGGAUAUUACGCGGC